AUGAAGAAGGCGUUACCUCCAGGCUUGAAGCUGGCCAUCAUUGUGAGGUUCCUGGCUUCAGGUGACAAGUACCCCAGCCUAUACUACAAGUUCCUGUGGGUGGACAUCAGUGCAUAUGGAAGUGUGUCUGAUGCUCAGAUCUUCUACGAGCUCAAGGACUGCUUUGAGGACGGGAGCAUAGGAUUUCCUGAGACAUCCCCCAUACCCCAACAUGACGAGCCUGUGCCAUACUUUAUCAUGGGAGAUGAUGCCUCUGGAAUAAGGACCUUCUUGAUGAAGCCAUAUGGUCACAUGAAUCUCCAGAGGGACGAGAGAUCUAACUACAGGAUCUCCAGGGGCAGACGUGUGGUGGAGAAUGCAUUUGGAAUCCUGCCCCAGAGAUGGCAAGUCCUCCUCACCACCAUGCAGCCAAUGCCUUCCAUUGCGCUGGACAUCGUUGAAUGCUGUGUCUGCCUGCACAACCUGAUGAGGAUCCGUUAA